AUGACUGUAUGUGACUAUCGCCAAAAAUACCAAACGAUAUCCAUUGAGCUUCAAGUCCUCUUCUACUCUUUUUCUAUCCUCUUCUCCAUCAAGGCCAACUAUAUCAAUCCUCUAUUAUUGAAAACUACAAACCGCAAAAAUGUCUGCCGAUUUUCGCGUUCCCGUAACCCGGGAAAUCAUCGUCCCCCAGCCCCAACCCCUACCCGGCCUGCUCAAGAGGCGGACGAUAAGAGCCAGCUCAAGUUUUCGUCCCUUUCCAGGCCGCCGUCGAACCUGGGCACAUAUGGCUACGACUACGUGGUGGCGGUUACGCAAGAGAGCAUCAAUGCGACCAUGAUCGACUACCUGGGGAGCCUCAACACCAAUGAGGAGAACAAGCCCAUCUACCUCUGCUACGCAAGGAACCCCCUGGCCUUUACGGAACCGCCCAAGCUCAUCCCCUACGAGAAGAUCAAGGCGCUGGCCGGCGGCGUCGACCCCUUUGAAAUCCCCCUCCAAGACCGCACGCCGGAGCAGGAAGCGGCCCUGAACGCCGUGUUCCGGGCCGGGUUUGCUGUAGGGAUCAAGGCGCGCCUGGGAAAGCCAAACCACGACGACUUGCCCGACGUCGUGACGCUCAACUCGCACGCGUCCAAGGUGCGGUUCCAGCUGCUGUGCUCCGAGUUUCGAUGGAUCAAGCUCGAGUUUAAUCCGUUUGCGAUGCGGGUCGAGUACACGGGCAAAUCCCAGGACGAAGCUGACGCCCCUUGGUCCGUGGGGGCCGACGUGGAUCUGCGCCUGAGAAACGUCGAGGGCGAGGACGCGGCGGCAUUUACGUUUCUGAGCCGCGAGGCGCAGGAAAAGGUUGGCAACCUCGACACGACCGUGUACGGCGUGCAGCAGCUGCUCUUCAACCUCACGCAGACCAAGCUCAUGUCGGCCGACACGUUUGUCGGGAGGACCGACAUUGUCGACGAGGUGAUUCGCAACUACUUUAUGAACGACUACUUCGCCGCGAUGCGCGACCUCGGCGAGCCGGUGCUCGGCGCGACAUUGUACAAGCGGGAGACCAAGAAGAACGUGCCCACGCCCACCAUGACGCUCACGAGCCUCGACCUGAGCGUGUCGCCCUACGUAGAGAGGCCGGGCACGAGCCCCAUGCCCACGGCCGUGGAGCAGAAGAAGCUUUCCACCCUCAACUACCUGUGCGCGGCCGACGGCAACAAGCUGCCUCCGGAGAACCGAGCCUUUCUCUGGAACUGGGUGCCGACGGUGAACCACGUCAAGGACCACGACGGCGUCAUCGCCAUCAACAGGAACACGCUCGCCCGCUAUUUCCGCAAGGAGCUCGGCAACUACGUCUCGCAGCAAAUGUUCCAGCCCAAGGUCAAGGCGACGCUGGAGCACUCGCUGACGCUGAAGACCAAGUUCUCCGUCCAGAUGAUUGCCGGACAGCAGCCGACGCACAUCACCAUGCCGGAAACGGGGCCCAUGGUGCUCAAGUUUGAGUACGGCGCCGAGGAUAGCGACGUCGCCGGCUUGGGCGGCGACGGGGGCCAGAUCAAGAUUGCCACCUACUACACGUGCGAGGUAUGGUUCCAGGGCACGCAGAUCCGGGUCCACCAGCAGAAAUUCGUCAACGUGAAGCUGUCCAAGAUUAGCAAAAAGGCCGAGGGCAACGUCAUCGCCAGCGUCAUGACGGAAAAGUACGAUCUCGGCAUCAACAGCGUGGGACAGAUCCAAUAUAAGCGCUCCGAGGAGUGGGAUACGUCCCGCAAGACCGAGAUUGCGGAGGUGAAUGAAGUUCUAAACUCCAUUGUGGGGAUCAACGCCGUCAUCUCGCAAAUCACCGAGCAGGUGAGAGAGGUCGUCGGAUACCGUGUCGCCAACAUUCCCAUCGCCAUUGUCCAAGACUACGUUUUUCCUGGUGGGCAAGUGUUUACGUUCAAGGACGUGGCCUUUUCUGAGAAUCAGGACCUGCUCGCGUACAUUACCUAUGUCUCUCCCGAGUAA